AUGCUUCGCUUCUACUGCCAGUUUCUGCCAGUGUCUCUGGGGAUGGUGAGGCAGCUUCAGAAUGGUGCCCUCCUCCUGAAAGCACCAGAAGCCUUGAAAGCACCAGACCAGGAGAAAUAUAAGUGCUCAAAGGGCAUCCCUGUUUGUGCAACAAAUGGUAUUGAAAUCUACAAGCUCCAUGUGGACUCCAAGGUCACAUCACGAUUUGCUCACACCAUAGUCACCAGCAAAAUUGUCAACAGAGCUAAUGAAUCCAGAGAAGUGACCUUUGAAGUGGAGUUACCCAAGACAGCCUUCAUCACCAACUUCUCCAUGUCCAUGGAUGGCAAAGUAUACCCAGGAAUAAUAAAGGAGAAAGCUUCUGCUCAAAAGGAAUAUGAUACUACAGUCUCACGGGGGCAAGGAGCUGGCCUUGUCAGAAUCACAGGCAGAAAACUGGAGCAGUUUCAAAUAUCCAUCAGUGUUGCUGCUGCCAGCAAAGUCACCUUCGAGCUGAUGUAUGAGGAGCUGCUGAAGCGGCAGCUGGGCAAGUUCGAGCUGCUGAUCAAGGUCCGACCAAAGCAACUUGUUACACACUUCCAGAUUGAUGUGCACAUCUUCGAGCCCCAGGGCAUACGCUUCUUGGAGACAGACAGCACCUUCACUACAAAUGAGCUAACCAAAGCACUCACCAAAGUACAGAGUGAAACCAAGGCUCAUAUUUUAUUUAAGCCAACUGUAGAUCAACAGAAGAUAGAUCCUGAACUAAAGGAAAACCUCCUGAAUGGUGAUUUGGUUGUGCGUUACGAUGUUAAGAGAGGUGCCACUGCAGGUGAUAUACAGAUUGUCAAUGGGUAUUUCGUGCAUUAUUUUGCACCCCAUGAAAUGCCAGCGUUACCCAAAAAUGUCGUCUUUGUUAUAGAUCGAAGCGGGUCCAUGGCAGGCAGGAAAAUUGAACAGACAAGGAAUGCCCUGCUGAAGAUUUUGCGAGACCUCCAUCUGAAAGAUCGUUUCAGCUUUAUCACCUUUAACAACAAAGUAGUGGAGUGGAAGAGCUCUUUGCUGCAAGCCACUUCAGAGAACGUGGCAAGUGCUGCAGGAUUUGUGCAAACUAUUUCUGCUAGUGGAGGCACAGACAUCAAUCGUGCCCUGCUGACUGCCGUCAGCAUGCUGGACAAAGCCGAAAGGCUGCCGGAGAAGAGUGUCUCCAUGAUUAUUUUGCUGACAGAUGGCCAGUCCACUUCUGGUGAGACUAACAUGGGAGUAAUUCAAGAAAACAUUCAGCAAGCAGUCAAUGGGAAAUAUGCUCUUUUCUGCCUUGGCUUUGGGUUUGAUGUCAGUUACAAGUUCCUGGAGAAAAUGGCCCUGAGCAAUGGGGGGUUAGCACGUCGUAUAUACGAAAACGCUGAUGCUGACUUGCAGCUCCAGGACUUUUAUCAAGAGGUGGCUACUCCAGUAUUAAUGAAAAUUGAAAUGCACUAUCCAGAGAAUGCUGUGGAGGGAUUAACAAAGAACAAUUUCAAGCUGUUUUUUGAAGGAUCUGAAAUUGUAGUAUCUGGGAAAAUUAGCAAUGAGCUUGAUCUUUUGCCAGUAGAAAUUAAAGCUCAGUCACACACUAGUGACUUGACUCUUCGAGAAGAAGCAAAUGUCAAAGAGAAGGAGCAAGUGUUCCGAAAUCAAAGUUACAUCUUUGAGAAUUUCACAGAGAGACUGUGGGCUUACUUAACCAUUCAGCAGCUGCUGGAGAAAUCUAUUUCAGCACAAGAAGAGAAACAGAAAAUCCUGGAGGCAAAAGCCUUAGAGCUGUCUCUGCAGCACAGCUUCGUUACGCCACUCACUUCCAUGGUGGUCACCAAACCUGAUGACCAGCAGCAAAUGGAGCUGGCCAACAAACCCACCGAAGCUGAUAACGAGAAGUCCAGCAGUGCUCCUGUAAGAGAUGCUUACAGGCAGAGGGUAAAAUCAGCUCUUGUUGACAGGCUAAGAAGCAAAAUGAGAGCACAGCCUCUUGAUGAUGAUUACCCACAGCUUCUCCUGCAAUUACCCAAACAAAAUGAUAUAAUCUGUCUAAGUAUUGAUGGACAAGCACAGUCCUCCAUCCACCUACUGUCAGAUCCAGAGCACGGACUCACUGUGAUGGGGAAGCUUGGAGACAGAACGAAUCACUUUGAGCAGUUGGAAAUUAACUAUGUGAAUCCCCCUGCACAAAUCCGUGUCUCCAUAAAUGGGGUUGUCCUAGGCCACAGUAACAGAAGCAUUGAACUGCCAUGGACACAGUCAGCCACCUCCACUGUCCAAGGGCUGAGAGUCUCAGUUGAGAAGGAAAGGAGCAUUACUGCAUCUUUGUCUGAUACAGUCACAGUCAGAAUUUCCCUUGUGAAGAUCCCAGAUGCUUUCCUUGGGUUGGAUUUCCUGAACCCUGUUCGCUUCUCUGACAAAGUCACUGGAGUUGUGGGUCAGUUUUACUCACAAGCACAAUUUGAGAAUAAUUCCAAUGUCAGUCAGAGAGAUGAAGAAAGACUCCUACAUGUGUCUGGAUCUGAGCACAAAGUUACCAGGCAAUACAAGAGAGAUUACAGAAUUGAGUCAACCAGCGAUCCUGUUUCCUGCUGGUCAGUGGAUCUAGCUCCCUAGAAAAAGAGUAUUCUGGGAAAGAAAACUAAGCAAAUGAUGAUCUUCCAAAUAUUUGUGAUUCUUUCUCUCAUCAAGAAGCCCACACAGUUAGUCUUGGCUGUGCCUAUACAGAAAUGUCAGACAUAUUUUAAGUCAAAAUAAUUAUACUUUCAAGUAGAGAACUUGC